CUAGCACGUGAACGGGAAAUUUCUCCACACCACCUAUUUUAGCGGUUAUGGGGGGGACCCAGAAGAAGACUGGGAAAGGACGUCUUGACAAGUACUACAAGCUUGCCAAAGAGCAAGGCUAUCGUGCUCGUUCUGCCUUCAAAUUAAUACAACUAAACAAAAAAUUUCAGUUCCUGGGGAACUCGAAAUGUUGUAUUGACUUGUGCGCGGCCCCUGGCGGUUGGCUGCAAGUUGCUAGCAAGUAUAUGCCUGCAAACAGCUUGAUUGUUGGGGUAGAUCUCGUUCCUAUUAAGCCUAUUCCGAGGGUCAUGACUUUUACUGCUGACAUAACGACCCCACAAUGCCGAUCCCUGCUACGAGAUCAUCUCAAAAUGUGGAAAGCGGAUAUAAUAUUGCAUGAUGGCGCACCUAACGUUGGUACCGCGUGGGUCCAGGACGCCUACUCCCAGGCCGAACUUGUACUUAGCAGCUUGAAGCUUGCUGUUGACUUCCUCAUCAAGGGGGGCACGUUCGUGACGAAGGUGUUCCGGAGUCAAGAUUAUAACAGCCUUGUUUGGGUUUUCAAUCAGCUGUUUACAAAAGUGGAAGCUACAAAACCACCAUCGUCAAGAUCUGUCUCUGCAGAAAUCUUCGUCGUCUGCUCUAACUUCUUGGCACCUACUCAAAUAGAUCCAAAAUUCCUUGACCCUAGACAUGUUUUCAAAGACGUUGACACCCUUCCUCCAGCCCCCGAUGCCUCAGUUUCAUCCAACAAAUUGACACCUAAUGCCAUCAGCGUUUUCAAGCCAGGAACGAAGCGGAGGAAUCGUGAAGGAUAUGCUGAUGGAGAGAACAUUCUUUUCAAGUCUGCCACUGCCUCCGAAUACAUUUAUUCCCGGAACGUCGAUCCAAUCACUCUCCUUGGAAGCUACAACAAAAUCGAAUUCGUUUCUGAAGAGGAGAAGAAAUGGAGAGAUGGACCACUCAUGACAGAGGAGUUACGACAAUGCUGUGAGGAUCUGAAGGUCCUAGGGAAAAGAGAUUUCAAGAAUCUGUUGAAGUGGCGUUUGCAACUCCGAGAGGAGCAUGGUCUCGAGUCCCAAAACAGACCAGAAGAAACCAUGGAGGAAACCGUUGCAGUGGAAGAGCCCUUAGAUGAGGAUGCGGUGAUUGAUGAGGAGCUUGAGCGCCUCAACGUUGAAGCUGCCACCAAGCGGAAGCGCGAGAGACGGAAGACCAAUGAGAGAAAGGCGAAGGCUGUACAACGCAUGCAGUUGAACAUGAUCGCUCCUAUGGACAUUGGACAGGAACUUAAUGACCGGGCGCUUUCUGGAUUCGAAGAUUUGAACCUUGGUGCUGCGCGCCCGAAUCGGGAAGAUGCUGAGAUGUUCAAUCUAGAGGAUGCGAAUGCUCUUGAUGAUGAUGUGAGCGGCGACGGUCUAUCUGAUCAAAACUCGGACGAGGAGCAGGCCGAGGAGACUGAGGAUGAGGCCCUCAACACCGAAGAUGAACAAGAGAAAAGGCUGGCAAGACUUGAGGGCGACGUGGACGUGAUGUACGAGUCCUACCUGGAGAGCCGCGAGGCGCGUGCAAAGUCCAAAAAGUAUGACGUUUGGGCGGGAAUACGCAAAGAUGACGAUGACGUUUCCUCUUCGAGUGGCGAGGAAGAUAAUGGGAAGGAUAUGGAUGCCGCCAAUGAUGAAGGUGGAUGGGACGCCGUUCAACGUGCCAAGGCUGGCAUGGAUCGUGAUUCAUCGGAUGGUGACUUAGGCUCCGAAGGUGAAGGGGAGCCUUCUGUCUCUGUCAAGAAACGAAAGGGCGAAAACGGGAAAGCCAGCCUCAUUGUGCGCUCUCUUGAUCCAACUCCGAAGCCGUCAGCCAGUAAAAUAUCUCGAGUUUGGUUCAGUCAGGACGUCUUCAAAGGGAUUGAAGGGGAUAUCGACAAUGUCGAGGGCGACGAGGACGAGGAAAGUAAUGAAGACGUUUCUGUGGUCGAUGACAAACCUCAGUCCGAAGAUGGUUUCGAGAUUGUCCCUCAGGAGCCCGAUAAGGACGAACUCGAAUGGGAUGCUAACGAUGAAGAUCAGGACCGCGUCAAAGCACGUCAUAUAAAGAAGUACGGUUUGACAACGGCUGCGGCUGUGACACUCGCCCAGAAACUUGUAAACCGCGAAACUACCAAGACUCACCUUAUUAACGACGGUUUCAGCCGCUACUCCCUCAACUCCAAAGAAGGCCUCCCCGAUUGGUUCCUCGAGGAUGAGCGAAGGCACUACAUCCCUAAUAUCCCAGUUACCAAGGAAGCGGUUCAAAUGCUCCGCGCCAAGAUGCGUGCGUUGGAUGCUCGACCGAUUAAAAAAAUCGCCGAAGCCAAGGCACGGAAAAAGAUGCGUGCUGUGAGACGAUAUGAGAGAGCCGCGAAGAAGGCGGAAGGCCUUUUGGCACAGAAAGACUCGACCCUCACUGAGAGGGAGAAGGCUGAUGAGGUAGCGAAGUUGUUGAAGAGGAGUAUGGCCAAGGAGAAAAGAAAGCAGGAUGAAGUACGAGUGGUAUUUGCCAAAGGUUCAGCAAAAGGUCUCAAGGGACGGCCGCUGGUAGGCAAAAAAGAUCUCCGCGCAAAGAAGAGGAAAGAGAAGGAAAACAAGAAGCGGAAACGUGGCUGAAUGCAGCAUGAUCCUGUUCGCUUGCCUAUUACGAUAUCCAGAGUGAACGCUCUGAAUUACCAUCGUACAGACACCGCAGGUAUUGUUAUAUACGUUAGGCUACUAAUAUCAUGUAAUUGCA